AUGAGUCCUUCCCAAGAAACCUUUCCGGAGCAAGGAGAGCAGGAGGACUUCAGGUUCGCGGUGAAGGGCAGCGAGGCGAAAGGUGCUCUGGUGACCUUGCAUUCCGUGGGGAUUCAUGCAGGCAGUGCCCAGCUCGAGCGCGUGUUGUUGGUGCCAAGCAGCGGCCGGGUGAGCAAGGUUUGGCGCCAACGCUUUGAGGCGCUGGGCAUCCAGGUGCUGGAUGUGCCGGACGUCGUGCCCAGCCCUGCUUUACUGGAAGCCAUGGAGGCGGAACGCUCCAAGCUUCAUAGGCAAGGCGUCUUGGAAGUCCUGCAGCCCAUGCCCUAUGGAGGCGCUUUUGCUAAGGUGCAUGCCUGGAAUCCUGAUCUGGGCUACGAGACGGUGGUGCUUUUGGAUGGCGACGUUUUGGCGAAGCGGCCCCUGGUGCCGCUGCUACGACUGGAAGCCUUAAGUGCAGGGAAGGACCUCAACGAUGCCUUCAACUAUGGGGUCGUGGUGCUGAAGCCUGACCGACAGAUCCAUGCAGGCUUGGUGAAACUCUUGACCGAAGCCGGCGAGGAGGAGCUGCUGCGUUACAAUACUCGGAUUCUUGGAGCUGGAGAAGCAUGGCUGGCCAAGAGCUGGUCUUUUAGGACGCGUUGGGCGAUUUCUUAG